AUGUUCAGCACUCUUCUUGCUCUCCUCGGUCUCGCUGCUACACCAGCACUUGCAAUCAGCCUCGGGCUCCUCCUCCCAGACCAGAACGUUUGGACACAACUAACCUAUACCAUCACUGUACCUCCUCCUCCCCCGCCGCCCGUCAUAUCAGGUCCUUGGUUCUUUUGGGCUGGUUUCGAGCUGCCUGUCGGCGGUGUCCUUCAGCCCGUUCUGCAAUGGGGUGAGGACCCUGCCGAUGGUUGGGUGAACUCUGACGUGACCUUCCCCAAGGAGUGGUUCAUGGUUCUUUGGACAGUAUGCGAUCAGGAUAAAAACAACGACCAGAGCGCCAUCAGCCAGGGUGUCUAUGCGGCCCAAGGUGCUCAGAUCUUGAAUACGGUCACAUACGACAACAACGGCUAUUGGACCCAGACAGCGGAGGUCAUCUCUGGGGGUGGUGCAGGAGCAUCCGUGACCCAAACCAUAAGCGCUGCCCAGUACUUUGACACAGCUAAUAUGCCCGCGUCCGGUGCUAACGCCUUCGUGAUCGAGUCAGAGCUCACUGGUGGCCAAACCGGCGACUGGGACUUUGACGUUGAGUUCACCGACAUCUCCAUCACCGCGAUGACAAACGACGGCGUCUCGAUGGCUUGCGGCGAGGUAAAUUCUCGCUCGGACGGCAACGGAUUCAUUACCGUAAACGGUUAUUCACUAUCGAGUGACGGCCUGACUUGCCAUUGGGACAGCAUGACUCUGUCUCCUCCCUGA